GUAGAGUAGGCUAGAACAUCGGCAUCACACCAAGGAAAAGGCAAGCCGAAUAUGGUGCUGAGUCUAGAUCGUUGGGUUGGUAAAGUCGCCGUUGUAACUGGAGCUAGUGCCGGAAUUGGAGCUGCUGUUUCGGAAGCCCUGGUUAAAAAUGGAAUUAACGUGGCUGGUCUUGCACGCAGACAAGGACCACUCGAUGCAAUGGCCAAUAAAUUAAAAGGUCUCAGAGGCAAAUUUUAUCCGGUUCAAGCUGACCUCUCGAAGGAAGAGGACGUCAAGAAGGGAUUCAAAUGGGUUUUGGACAACGUGGGACCAGUCGCAAUUCUGGUUAAUAAUGCUGGAGUUUACUUUCCAAACACUCUUAUUGACGGCGAUGCGCAAAAAUGGAAGCAAACUUUUGACACGAACGUUUUGGGUGUUUGCGUCGCAACAAGAGAAGCUAUAAAACAAAUGAAGGAUCAUAAAAUCGACGGGCAUAUAUUUCAUAUGAACGCAAUACUGGGUCACAGAGUUCAGAAUAUACCGAAUUUUAGUGUAAACCCGGCCUGUAAAUUUGCAAUCACUGCAUUGGCGGAGACACUGAGAUACGAAAUAAAUGGGCAAAACCUUAAAAUAAAAAUUACCAGUAUUAGUCCAGGAUACGUGGAAACCACAUUAAAGAUUCCAGGCCUGAAGGGUCUAAAUCCGGAAGAUAUUGCUGACGCCAUAGUUUAUGGUUUAUCCACCCCACCUCACGUUCAGGUUUCCGAAAUCACCGUUCAAAUUAUUAACGAUCCAAUGUAAAACUUAUUUCGACUGACUGCACUUGAAUUGAAAUGUUGUUUUCAACUUGCUGUAACUCUUUUUUUUUGUAAAAUAAAAGUUCUAUACAAUA